AUGAGGUGGCCAUCAAUCGGUCUGGCGCUCCUCGCGGCACUCGCCGCUGCUGAAACGACAGCGACAACUGAGUCGACGCCGACUGCCUCUUCAACAAGCCUUGGCAAGUCCGGCACGUCAACAUCUUUAGAUCUAGCACAGGCGACGACAAUCACGACUGGCGAUGUCCCUUUGCCAUCCGGUAGCUACAUUACCUAUAGCACGACCGUCACCCUGGCUAAUGGCAAUUCCUCUGUCAUGGUGUCGACCCAAACUGCUCGCAAUGCGACAAUGACCUCAAGCAAUCAGACUGCCGUCUCGACCACAACGUCAGACUCGUUGACGGUCCUGGUUGGUGGAGGAGGAACAACCACCCUAACCGGCAACAGCACCAUGAACGCGACGGCCACCGCGACGUCCACUUCGACGCAGACCCCUGUCAAGAAUACUCGCCCCUGCAAUAACUAUCCCGAGUUCUGCGCCCGGAAAUAUUCCAACAUCACCAUGGUCGCAGCGCACAACAGUCCGUUCGUUCGGAAGGGCAAUGUUGCCUCGAAUCAAGUCCUGCCCGUGACGACUCAGUUGGAUGACGGCAUUCGCAUGUUGCAAUUUCAGACGCAUCUCCAGAAUGGGACCAUGAUGCUCUGCCACACCUCGUGUGAGCUGUUGAAUGUCGGCACCCUCGAGGCCUAUCUCUCGGAGGUCAACCUGUGGGCUCGUCAACAUCCCUACGAUGUAGUCACUAUCCUCGUGGGCAAUUACGACUAUGUUGACCCCGGAAACUUCACCGCGCCGAUUCAAAACUCUGGUCUUCUGGACCUGGUAUACACGCCGCCCAAAAUUCCCAUGGCGCGCGACGACUGGCCCACUUUGUCCGAGAUGAUCCUGACUGGGAAACGGGUUGUUUUCUUCAUGGAUUAUCAAGCCAAUCAGACAGCCAUUCCAUGGCUCAUGGACGAGUUCUCACAAAUGUGGGAGACUCCCUUCUCUCCCACGAACCGCGACUUCCCUUGCACGCAGCAGCGGCCUCCGGAUUUGUCGCGCAAGGAUGCCAUGAACCGCAUGUACUUGGCAAACCACAAUCUGAACAUUCAACUCGACCUCGGCUCCUUGAGUCUUCUUAUUCCGAACACGGCCGUCAUUAACGAGACCAAUGCUGUCAACGGCUCUGGAAGUCUGGGCCGCAUGGCGAAGAACUGUACCACAAUGUGGGAUCGCCCACCCAACUUCCUGCUUGUUGAUUUUUACAAUUAUGGAAAUUUCAACGGCUCAGUCUUUGAAGUCGCCGCCGAGAUGAACAAUGUGACCUAUGACCGCGAAUGCUGUGGUGUUUUGUCCGGCACGAUUCCGAUGAUUUCGGCCAUGCACAUGUCGACAGUCUUCGCCGUGGCAGCAGGUGUUCUUAUCUUUUCCUCUGCAUUUUGA